AUGAGAAAAUGGUGGUUUGAAACACUAGAGAAUUUCCCGAAGAACAAAGAAUUUGAAGAAAACAUCUGGGAUGCGUUCGUGGAAAAGCUGAAUGAGGACCCACCAAACUUUGGACAUGCAGUUGUAUUGAUUAAAGAAGUGAAAGAGAGUUUGCUGUCAGUCUUGCUACCACAGCAUAAAUACUUGAAGUCGCAAAUUGAAGAAGUUCUCGAUCUUGAUCUCAUUCAGCAGAAGCUUGAGAACGAUGCAUUUGACAUUUAUUACUAUUCGGACUAUGUGAUAGGCAUUAUGGGUAAAUUAUGUGCUCCUGCUAGGGAUGAUCGUAUAGCCAGACUAAAAGAGAUGAAGGAUGUUGUACCUUUGUUCAAGGAGAUAUUUGAAUUCAUUGCAAAUCUUUCUGUAGUACCUUACAAUGUAGACAUUACAACAAAAAACAUGGAAAUCUACCUUAUGAUUUUCAUAGACAAAGAAGCUGGGAUAGAUGGUCUUGAACUCACCAAACAAUGGUUAACUAGAAGUUUUGAGAAAUUGAGGCCAGGGGGAGUUACUCCUAGAGAGGGAGCCACACAGGCCAAUAUGACUACACCUGCAGCCAUCUUGAAUGGGGCUUAUAUGGAAUUGUUGCAGUGGGACACAAGCAAAAUUUUUCCAGAGACACUUGUUUUAGACCAGAGCAGAUUCCUUGAUCUAAGAGAGCAGACUCAGCACUUGACAUUGGUUACAUCUGUCCUACUUGUUACAUACAACACAGUAGGUCAGUCAAUAGCUGGUGUACAGUCACUGAAAGUCAAGCUGAAAGAGGAAAUAUGCACUCUGUUGGAGGGGGUAGAAGAUGGCAACCUGGAGUCAGUUCUAGAGAAUAUAAGCGAGCAGGUCAACAAGAAUGUAGAAGUGUUCCUGAAGGAGCAUGGAUUUCCAGCCCAUGAUGAAACCCAGCAGAAAACUCUCAAGGGCCAAAUAACAACACUUAAAGAGAAAGAUAACCAAAUUAUUACGUUGAUGUCAAAACGUGUUCUAGACUUCAUACAGCAAGCACUGUUCUCCAAGUUAACAGAACCAUUGAAAGUACCCGCAGGAACGUCCGUGAUGGAGAAGGAACUGUCUCAGAUUUGUGGACAGUUUCUAAGACUUAUUUCACACAAUAGAUCAGUGUUCGGACAGUAUUAUGCUAAUAUUAUAGGAACACUAUUAAAACGCUUGCAGGAAGAUUUGUCUCCAGCAGACGCUGUGUCCUAGUUCAGGAGACUUCAUGAUUGUUGUGACAGUAUUUAUCCCUUUCCGAGUGGUUAUUCCCCUGCAUUAGUCCAGUGGACCAAAACCAUUUUUAGCUCACCUGAGCAAUGCUCAGGUGAGUUUUUCUGAUCGCUCGAUGUCCGGCGUCCGUCGUCCGUCGUCUGUCAACAUUUAGCUUGUGUAUGCGAUAGAGGCUGUAUUUUUCAAUUAAUCUUCAUGAAUAUUGGUCAGAAUGAUAACCUUGAUGAAAUCUAGGCCGAGUUCGAAAAUGGGUCAUCUCGGGUCAAAAACUAGGUCACUAGGUCAAAUCAAAGAAAAACCUUGUGUAUGCGAUAGAGGUGGUAUUUUUCAAUUAAUCUUCAUGAAUAUUGGUCAGAAUGAUAACCUUGAUGAAAUCUAAGCCGAGUUCGAAAAUGGAUCAUCUCGGGUCAAAAACUAGGUCACUAGGUCAAAUCAAAGAAAAACCUUGUGUAUGCGAUAGAGGCUGUAUUUUUCAAUUCUUCUUCAUGAAUAUUGGUCAGAAUGAUAACUUUGAUAAAAUCUAGGCCGAGUUCGAAAAUGGGUCAUCUGGGGUCAAAAACUAGGUCACUAGGUCAAAUCAAAGAAAAACCUUGUGUAUGCGAUAGAGGCUGUAUUUUUCAAUUGAUCUUCAUGAAUUUUGGUCAGAAUGAUUGCCUUGAUGAAAUCUAGGCCGAGAUCGAAAAUGGGUCAUCUGGGGUCAAAAACUAGGUCACUAGGUCAAAUCAAAGAAAAACCUUGUGUAUGCGAUAGAGGUGGUAUUUUUCAAUUGAUCUUUAUGAAUUUUGGUCAGAAUGAUUACCUUGAUGAAAUCUAGGCCGAGUUCGAAAAUGGGUCAUCUGGGGUCAAAAACUAGGUCACUAGGUCAUAUCACGUAAAAACCUUGUGCAUGCGAUAGAGGCUGUAUUUUUCAAUUGAUCUUCAUGAAUUUUGGUCAGAAUGAUUGCCUUGAUUAAAUUUAGACCAAGUUCGAAAAUGGGUCAUCUGGGGUCAAAAACUAGGUCACUAGGUCAAAUCAAAGAAAAACCUUGUGUAUGUAAUAGAGGCUGUAUUUUUCAACUGAUCUUCAUGAAAUUUAGCCAGAAUGAUUACCUUGAUAAAAUCUAGGCUGAUUUCGAAAUUGGGUCAUCUGGGAUCAAAAACUAGGUCACUAGGUCAAAUCGAAGAAAAACAUUGUGUAUGCAAUAGAGGAUGUAUUUUUCAAUUGAUCUUCAUGAAAUUUGGUCAGAGUGAUUGCCUUGAUGAAAACUAGGUCCGUUUUGAAUAUGGGUUAUCUGAGGUCAAAAACUAGGUCACUAGGUCAAAUUAAAGAAAAAUCUUGUGUAUGCGAUAGAGACUGUUUUUUUCAGUUGAUAUUUAUGAAAUUUGGUCAGGUUGAUUGCCUUAAUGAAAUCUAGGUCGCAUUUGAAUAUGGGUCAUCUGAGGUCAAAAACUAGGUCACUUGGUCAAAUCAAAGAAAAAACUUCUGUAUGUGAUAGAGGCUGUAUUUUUCAGUUGAUGUUCAUGAAUUUUGGUCAGAAUGAUUGCCUUGAUAAAAUCUAGGUCGAGUUUGAACAUGGGUCAUCUAGGGUCAAAAACUAGGUCAUAUCUAAGAAAAUGCUUGUUUUAUCGCAAGAGACCAAUUUUUUGGUCCAAUCUUAAUGAAAAUUGGUCAGAAUAUUUGUUUCCAUGAAAUCACUAGGUCAAACAUGUUUUACACUGUUAUGGAGUGUUUCUUAGGUGAGCGACCUAGGGCCAUCUUGGCCCUCUUGUUUCCAUAUUUGUAAACAUGCUUCUCGAUAUAAUACAUGUUCAUCUUUUGAACAGAGGUUUAAUUUAUUAUGUAGAAACUGAAAAUUUUUAAAUCUCUGUCACAUAUUUUAACAUCAUUCCAGCAUAAUCUGAAUAUACAGUAAGUUAGAUAAUUGUGGUAAAAUCUCUUAACAGACUAUAGUCUGAUGUAAGGCAUGGACCAGUUAGAGGCCAUGGUGAAGUCAGGUGACAUCAAGUUCACUACUACAUGAUAAUAUAGAUCAGCAUAAUUUUUAUCCCCCGACGAAAGUCGGAGGGAUAUAGUUUUGGCGUUGUCCGUCCGUCUGUCCGGAGCCAUAUCUAGGAAAUGGUUGGGAAUAUUUAUUUAAAACUUCAUAUACAUGUUCACCACUAUGAGUUCUUGCGGCCCGUCAAGUUUCAGUCAGAUUGCCCAAGUAACACCAGAGUUAUGGCCCUUAGAAGUUUCUAGUGUUAACUAUAUAGGGUACUAUAAAUAUGGUAAUUUCUGCAUCAUAACUUUUGAUAUAUUUCACCUAGAACUAUGAAACUUAAACAGAAUUUAGAUCACCAUAAUGUGGUUGUGUACACACAAUUUCGUUUGGAUUUAUUUGUAAAUUUAGAGUUACUGCCCUUUAAUUGUAUAAAAAUCCACAUAUCUGUACAAAACAAACUUUCCAUUUGGUAGAAUUUCAUUAAAUUUCUUUCAUUCUUUUCCAUGAACAUUUAUUGUAAACAUGUGAAGUUGUGUACCUGGUCACCCCCUUACCUUGAUCACACCCCUCCCCCUCCCCCCCCCUCUCCCUCCCCCCCCAAAAAAAAAUCAUUAUUUUACAUUUUUUUCAGACAAACUUCAUAAACAUGUUCACCACUAUGAGGUUAUGGGGCCCAUCAAGUUUCAGACAGAUUGCCCAAGUAACACCAGAGUUAUGGCCCUUAGAAGUUUCUAGUGUUAACUAUAAUAUAGGGUACUAUAGAUCUAUAGAUAUGGCAAUUUCUGCAUCAUAACUUUUGAUAUAUUUGACCUUGAACUAUGAAACUUUAACAGAAUUUAGAGCACUAUAAUGUGGUUGUGCACACACAAUUUUGUAUGGAUUUCAGAGUUAUUGCCCUUUAAUUGUCUAAAAAUCCACAUAUUUGUACAUAACAAAGUUACCAUUUGGCAGAAUUUCAUUAAAUUUCUUUCAUUCUUUUCUGUGAACAUUUAUUAUAAACAUGUGCAGUUACGCACCCACACCUCGUCACCUACUUGCCUUGGUCACACUCCCUCCCCAUCCCAACCCCGCUCCCCCCCUCCCCCAACCCCCACCAAAAAAAAUAAUUUCGUUUUCAUUUAUUUUAGAUUUUUUUUUAAACCUUCAAUGAUUAUUUAUCAACAUGCAAGUUGUACCAUUUCCCCACCUCACUCCUCCAUACAGUCAUGCCCACCACUGAUCAUGCAUCCUCUAUCAACCCCCCCCCCCCCCCCCCCCCCAGAAAAAAAAAAAUCCACAUAUUUGUACAUAACAAACUUACCAUUCGGCAGAAUUUCAUUAAAUUUCUUUCAUUCUUUUCUGUGAACAUUUAUUAGAAACAUGUGAAGUUGCGCACCUACACCUGGUCACCCACUUGUCUUGGUCACACCCUCUCCCCCUCCCAACCCCCCUUCCCCCCAAAAAAACAAAUAAUAAUAUUAUUUUUUUUUCAUUUCUUAUUUUAGAUUUUUUUUCAAACCUUCCAUGGUUAUUUAUCAACAUGCAAGUUCCCCCACCCACCUCACUCCUCCAUACAGUCAUGCCCACCACUAAUCAUGCAUCCUC